GUUAAACUGUUUAAAUAGUCACUUCCGCAUACUCUCAAGCCUGAGCUUUGUUUUGGGCAUUGAAACGGAUACCUGGAGUCUGCUAUUUGUAAGUUAUACGAGCUGCUUUGUUGUCGCACGGUAAAGUAUUAAACAAAUCUACCUGCAGGGACUGAACUCCGAUAGUCACGCCUUUUUUUAAUGUGUGUAUGCGACGCUUAACACCGAACCCCCGUCACCCUCAAGUGUUCCACUGGAUAUUUUCAAUGUCGUGUAAACUUCAGGGACCAGCCAGCACUGGGAAAAUGACGCCACCCAGUGUAAUGCUGCCCCCUCCUGGCCAGCCGGUAAAGUACCACUCGAGACUGAAUUAUGUCACCGGAGACCUGUUCUCGUGCCCCAAAGGCGAAGCUUUGGCCCACUGCAUCAGUGAAGACUGCCGCAUGGGGGCAGGCAUAGCAGUGAUGUUCAGGAAGAAGUUCAAAGGGGUGCCGGAGUUACAGGAGCAGAAAAAGGUUACAGGACAGUGUGCUGUACUCCAGAGAGAAGGACGUUUCAUCUACUAUCUGAUCACAAAGAAAAGGGCCAGCCAAAAACCCACCUAUCACAGCCUGAAAGAGAGCCUGAUGGACAUGAAGUCACACUGUGUAGAGAAUGGAGUAACAAGAAUAUCAGUGCCUCGUAUUGGCUGUGGCCUGGAUCGACUGGAGUGGGCAAAAGUGUCGGUGAUACUGGAAAGCGUCUUCAAACACACAGAUAUCUCCAUCACGGUCUACAGCCUUCCUCAGAGAGAAGAAACCACAGUGAUGAAGGACAACAUGCGCAGAUGAUGAAUGGAAACGUUUGUUUGUUGUAAUGUUUACUUUAUGCACUUUUUGUGGAUUAUAUUCCCACACUAUGAGACUUUUUUAAUUCUAUGAUUUAGAAUAAAUGAAACUUUUUUAACAUCAACUCUACCCACGUGACCUUCUGUAGGUUCUGUAGAUCCACAUCGAACGCCAUUCUGCUGUCCAUUUGUUGCCAGCUUUUUGUAAAUAACACUUCUUUGCCUGUGUAUUCUUCUGGUUUCUUGUCAGUCAGGUGAUGCUAAUGCCAUCUGUUCUUACAGUGACCUGCUUUCUUGAAACAUGGGUUGUAUUCAAGCUAUCUGAUUUGGACAUUUGUGUUCUUGCACAAAGUUUGUGCAGAUAAUGUCUCAGUAAGUUCAUGGCUGCAGUACAUGUGUAAAAUCACCGCUUUUCAACUAUUUGACAAGAUGGUGGCUGCUUCCAACACGUUAAUCUGGAUUAAACACUAAACAAAGACACAAAAAA